AUGGGUGGAAAGAAGAAGAAAGCGUGUGCGGCAGCGGCGCCUGUAGCCGCGGCUAGAGGGGCUCCUGCAGCGGCCAACAUCGUGGCAGAAGACCCCUCUGUUGGCAAGAAACCUCCACCGAUCAAGCCAGUGAAACCAGUAAAGGACAACAAACCCAAAGCUCCGAGGACCUACAGCCUGGCCAACACUGCCCAGGUGGACACCGGUGGGGUCGCUGACAAAUCGAUUCUCAAAGUGGUCAUUCAAGUGGACCUGGAGAAGAAGAUCAUCAAGCUGAUCAAUGACUUCAGACAGGAGAAUGGAGACAAGGGGCCAAUAUCCGGGAGACUCACCAAUAAGAAAUUGCUGGACCUUUACACCGCUCUGCAGAAGUUCAACUUCAAGACAGAGCACAUUGAAGAGGCCAUGAAAAGCAGUGUGUUGUAUGGUGGCGAUCUCCACUCUGCUCUCGACUGGCUUUGUCUGAAUCUCAAAGAUGAGGAGCUUCCUGAUGGUUUCCGGCAGCAGAUGCAGGAGGAGAAUCAGAAGAGCAGGCCCAAGUACCAGCCCAUAGUCCAUGAAAAGCCCGCCCCACCCAGCCCCAAAGCAUCCCGUGAUGACUCUCCGAAGGAGGCCAUUAAGGCCCCGGUGAAGGACGAGGCUGCUGUGAAGGACUGGAUCCUCAGAUACGCUGAGCAGAGCAGCGAGGAGGAGGAGGUGGAGGAGAAAGAAAAGGGCGGAGGGAACAAUCUUGCCAGCAGCAUGGAGCAGGAGGGCAAGUUUGACCCAAACGACAGGUACCUGGUGUUAACUGCCCAGCUGUACGACACCAAGGACAUGGCAGCCACCGCCAAGUUAAAAAAAGACAAAGCAUCCCAAAGGAUGGCCCAGGACAGGAUACGCAUCAUACAGCAAGAAAUGAAACCUCUGGAGUCACAUCCAAUGUUCAACCCAGCUAUAAAGGUAGUGGACGCGCCCAAGGAGAACAAAGCACUUCCUGUGGCCGUGGAGGAGGGUCUCAACCUGUUUGAUCAAGUUCCAGUCCCGCCCCCGGCAGUUAAAGAGUCCAAGAAGAACGAGCCAAAGGACAUUCGUGACUUUGACUACACGUCCCGCAGUUGGACGGGCAAGUCUCCGAAACAGUUCCUGAUCGACUGGGUCCGCAAGAACCUGCCCAAGAGCCCCGCACCGGCCUUCCACAAGGUCCAGGUUGGGAAGUACUGGAAGUGCAAGGUGCGUGUCCAGAGGCUAGAUGACGUGCUGGAGGUCUGUCCCACCAUCCUGACCGAGGACGGCAUGCAGGCCCAACACCUGGGGGCUGUCCUGGCUCUGUACACCAUGGUCAAAGGACAGUCGGUGCACCAGCUGCUGCCCUCCACCUACCGGGACGUGUGGCUGGAGUGGCGGGACCGGGACCAGCAGAGGCAGGAGGAGAGCCGCACCGCCGCCAACAAGCCCCGGGACCAGUUCAUCGCCCGCCUGCUCACCCGGCUCAAGCAGCAGCAGCAGCACAACCCCAGCUCGGGCUCCCAGGACCCCCAUCCCCGGUUCGGAUCCAAGGCGACGCAGCCCGCCGGCGGGGAGGACGAGCCGGAGGAGUCCUGGGAGAACCUGGCGGGCCUGGAGAUGGAGGACGGCGGGGAGACCAACGACAAGGCGGAGGCCGGCCGGGGGAGGAAAGAGAAGGGCGGAGGGUUCGAAGCGUCCAGGGAGCUGAUGAUCAGGAUGAGGAAGUCCCCACUGGCGUGCAAACUCAAGGCGGAGCGGGAGCAGCUGCCGGUCUUCCAGCACCGCCACCGGGUGAUGGAGGCCCUGGGACGGCACCGCGUGGUGGUGGUGGCCGGGGAGACGGGCAGCGGCAAGAGCACCCAGGUGCCCCAGUUCCUCCUGGAGGAGCUGCUGCUGGGGGGGGACGGGGCGGGCGCGGCGCGGCCCUGCAACAUAGUGGUGACCCAGCCCCGCAGGAUCUCGGCCAUGAGCCUGGCCACCCGGGUCAACCAGGAGCUGGGCUGUGAGGACGCGCCCGGGUCCAAGAUGUCUAUUUGUGGGUACCAGAUCCGGAUGGAGAACCGGUCGGGCGAGGCCACCCGCCUGCUGUACUGCACCACGGGGGUCCUGCUCAGGAAGCUCCAGCAGGAGCGCCACCUGGACUCACUCACACACAUCAUCGUGGACGAGGUGCACGAGCGCAGCGUGCAGUCGGACUUCCUGCUGACCAUCCUGAGAGACAUGGUGCUGCGGCGUUCCGACCUGCGGAUCGUCCUGAUGAGCGCCACGGUGGACUGCACCAAGUUCUCCCGAUACUUCAACAACUGCCCCGUGGUCUCGGUGCCCGGGAGGACCUUCCCCGUGGAGGUGUUCCACCUGGAGGACAUCGUGGAGCAGACGGGCUACGUGCUGGAGAAGGACUCAGAGUACAGCCAGAGGAUCCUGGAGGACGAGGAGGAGGUCAACAUCUCCGUCUCCCAGAAAGGAGGCAAGACGACGCAGCACCAGGAGUUUGUGACGAAGGACGCCAACGCCGGCUGGGACCUGGGCCCGGACCUGGACCACUUCAGCAGCCGCACCCGCCACGUCCUGCAGUACAUGAACCCCAACAAGAUCAACAUGGAGCUGCUCCUGGACAUCAUAGACUACCUGGACAAGUCUCCUCAGUUCUCCUGCAUGGAUGGAGCCAUCCUGGUGUUCCUACCUGGUCUGGCUCACAUCCAGCAGCUGUACGACCUACUGUCCAACGACAAGAGGUUUAGGAUCAAGGACCGGUAUGUUCUGGUGGCCCUUCACUCCACCCUCUCCUCUAAAGACCAAGCGUCUGCCUUCACAGUGCCCCCUGCAGGCGUCAGGAAGAUUGUGUUGUCCACUAACAUCGCCGAGACAGGCGUGACUAUCCCCGAUGUGGUGUUUGUCAUCGACAGUGGAAAGACCAAAGAAAACAAGUACCAUGAAAGCAGUCAAAUGAGCUCCCUGGUGGAGACGUUUGUUUCGAAGGCCAGCGCGCUCCAGCGCCAGGGCCGGGCGGGGCGAGUCAGGGACGGCUUCUGCUUCAGACUCUACCCGAAGUUCAGGUUUGAUGCCUUCAUGGAUUACGCAGUCCCAGAGAUACUACGGGUUCCUCUGGAAGAGCUGUGCCUGCAUAUUAUGAAGUGCGACUACGGCUCGCCGGAGGACUUCCUGAAGCGCUCGCUGGAUGCCCCGCAGCCCCAGUCGGUUAGUAACGCCGUCAGCCUGCUGAGGAAGAUGGGGGCGUGCCACGCCACCGACCACGCCCUCACGCCGCUGGGCCACCACCUGGCCGGCCUGCCCGUCAACGUCAAGAUCGGCAAGAUGCUGAUCUACGGCGCCAUCCUAGGCUGCCUGGACCCCAUCGCCACCAUCGUGGCAGCCAUCACAGAGAAGUCUCCCUUCUCUACUCCGAUGCACAGGAAGGACGAAGCCAACGUGGCCAAAGCUGCCCUCGCGUUCGGGAACUCUGAUCACCUGACCAUAUACAACGCUUACCAGGGUUGGAAGAACUCACGGAUGGAUGGAACACGGACUGAAAUGACCUUCUGUCGGAACAACUUCCUGAACCGAACCGCCCUCAUCACUAUAGAGGACGUGAAACAGGAGCUGAUGAGGAUGAUGGAGCAGGCUGGAUUCUGGUCCCCUCGCUGCUCCUCCUCCUCCUCCUCCUCCUCCUCCUCCUCCUCCAGGGGGCCCUUGGCGCCCCUGUCCAAGCACACCAUCUCGGUGAUGAAGGCGGUGCUCACGGCGGGCCUCUACGACAACGUGUCCCGCGUCCUGUGCACCCUCUCGGUGGACGUGCUGGAGCGUGUGGCCUGCACGGGCGAGACCCCCCAGGGCAAGGCCCAGGUGCACCCGUCCUCCGUCAACCGCAACCUGCAGACCCACGGCUGGCUGCUGUACCAGGAGAAGGUGAAGUACACCAAGAUCUACCUGCGAGACACCACCCUGAUCUCCCCGUUCCCCCUGCUGCUGUUCGGAGGGGACAUAGACGUCCAACACAGAGAACGCCUCAUCACUGUGGACGGGUGGAUUCUCUUCCAGGCUCCAGUGAGGAUUGGGGUCAUCUUCAAACACCUGAGGAAGCUGAUGGACUCGCUGUUGGAAAAGAAGCUAGCCAACCCCAAGAUGAAUCUGGAAGACGAGAAGACCAUCCAGUUGAUUUUAGAGUUGAUAAAGACAGAGAAUACUGUUAAUCUAUGAACAUUAUUAGGAUGGAGAACAUAUGAUAUAAUACAUGAGUUAUUAGGAUGGUGCACAUGUAAAAUUAAUCCAUGAACGUUAUUAGGAUGGAGAACAUGCAAUAUUAUUCCAUGAACAUUAUUAGGAUGCAGUACUUCUUAACAACGAUGAUGUAUACUUCAAAAACACUACAACUGCCCUGUGCCUUGUGUUUUGAUCACGUUAUUAAAAGUAAUUUAUCCAAAAAUGAAUUUGGAUAGAUUUGUAUGAUGUAGGUGAUGCUUCUUAAGCAAAACUGUAUAUGGAAUGUCCCUGAACAAUUCCAGAGGAAAAAUAACCGAAUAUAUGGCAAGAUUGAUUUCUUACAGUAUGUAAAGGAAUAAAUACAUUGGUUUUUAGUCAAAAGAAAAA